CGCGUAAUUUGUUCAAUAGAUACAAUAUUUCUUAAGACAGGUGACUGCCGAUUUUGUCAACCCAACUGUUGUUUUUUUAGUGCGUGUUUACACAAAAGCUAUAAAUCCCCACAAGCGAAAUAUGCCGUUUAUAUAUAUUGGUCCCGUUUUUCUACUUUCUCAAGCUAAUACAAAUUUAAUGAGGUACUAAUAAGGAAUAGACAGGUGCAAUCUUAAGACUCGGAUAAAUAUUUACACGUGUACGAGCGAGCGAAAGGUUAAAGGGGGUGUGAUGAUGAGAUUGAGUGCGGGCCUUGGUGCGGUAUACUUUGACCGUCGACGAGAGACCAGCUUAAUCAACUGGAGACUAAACGGCGUCUCUCUUUUGUUUGAAAAGAAAAAAGAAGAAGAACGAUCGCAGUCGCGGAAUUACGCCGACAUGAAAAUCGCGUACGACGAUGAUGACGACGACGACGACCAAGUUGGUCGAUAUAUACACGGCUAGUAAGAGUAGUAUAACAAUAACUAGCGCGCAUGGUAGCACGCGAUCUUCCAGGGUCUGGUCUAAGAUCCCGAGAUACGAGAAAGCCGGUCACGAAAGCUUCCCUCUCUCGCUCGCACUUUACAUUCGCGGCCUCCAACGUUCGCUCCUUUCCUUCUCCUCGUCGUCGGUGGGGAAGUACCACGAAAAUCGUCACAACGUAUGAGUCAUUGCGCGUCUGUAAGAAGCGUGCCGUCGGAUCAUUAUCGUCGUGACAGAAUUACACGGGCGGGGGAUAACAUUUGGGUCGCACCUAAGCUCCCGAUGACAGUUAAUGCGAAUACGGAAAAUCCCAGAGGUGCUUAGUGCAAGCGUGCCAAGGUCGCCACUAAGAAACGAAACAGCGUGUUCGACUCGCGACGCUAGCGCGGAAGACGGCUGUGUUCAGGAAACCGCAGGGGGGGAGGAAUCUCGUACCGGUUCCCGUUAUCGCAAGGAGUUCACAUUCGGCUGGCUGGAAAUAGAAUAUCCAAUAUGUACUUUAUGGAACCGUGCGGACGAACAAUGGCCGGUGAUGGUUUGGUUCCACGGAGGCGAUUUCAACACCGGCACUCCGGCGAUCUGGGAUGCCUCCAUAUUCGCUAGCAGACAAAAGGUGCUAGUGGUGACGGUAGCGUAUCGAUUAAACAUCCUGGGAUUCUUCACGACGACUGACACCGAGGCGUCCGGCAAUUACGGCAUGUUCGAUCAGAUCGCUGCCCUCGACUGGAUCAAGCGUAACAUCGAGUAUUUCAACGGCUCGCCGAACAAUAUUAUCAUCUACGGCCACAGCUCAGGUGCGAUCAGUGUCGGCUUGCACAUACUAAGUCCGUUGAGCCGCGGCAAGUUCUCCAAGGCGAUCGCCAUGAGUGGUGACGCCGUGAACUCUGUCCGCUUGCCAGAAUCCGAGCGCGAGGUCGUGGACAUCAUUACCGAAAAAUUCGGCUGCGACAGACGGCCGACCAGCCAGCUAAUGGAGUGUCUACGCCGAGUGGAUAUUAACAUCCUAGUCAAACUCUCGUCCGACAUCGAGACAUGGGGUCCAAUCGUCGACGCUGAGAUAAAUAACUCCACGGAGCCUUUCCUCCCAUUACAUCCGAAGGACAUUUUGGAGAACGACAACUUCAACGCAGUACCGCUGAUCGUUGGCUACACGAACAACGAGCAAGCUCUAGCAUACAUAGAGACUACUGGUGGCCCGAAUUCGGAAGGCAAGCUCUCCCCGGAAAGCUUCGAGACGAUGAUCACGGACGAGUUUUUGUCAGCGGUGCAAGCUUCUGACGAGAACAGCACCUGCGAAGUGAAGCCCGAGUUAGUAGCGAAUGCGGUAUUGUUUUUCUACAAACCAUAUCCACCGACGACCAACAUGACGAUACUCCGCGACAGAUACCUGGAUUUGCAAACAGAAAAGAAUUACGCAGCCGGUCUGACAUUGCUAGCCGGCAAAGUAGCAAAGCGCAAAGCGUCGGCCUUCGUCUAUCGAUUUGACUAUCGUCCAAGAACACAACCAAUAACGAAGGAUGUACCGGAAUGGGCCGGUGUGCCACACAUGUUCGAGCUACCGUUCACCUGGGGUCUACCGCAUUUGAUGAGCGGCACAACGCAAUGGAAUUUCGCCGACAAGAAGAUGUCCGACGUGAUAAUGGCGAUGCUAGCAACCUUCGCCAAGACAGGCGACCCGUCCUUGAAUAAUCAGAUCAAAUGGGAACCCUUCACGGAGAAAAAUCCUGGAAUCCUACUCAUCGACAAAAACAUUGACAUGAACCAACCAGACGAGGUGGAUUAUAGGGCAUUUGCAUUCUGGAACGAGUAUUAUCCACAGAUCCUCGAGGAAGCAACGAGCUAUUGUUGCAAUGUCACCAGUACGGCGGCCACAUGGAAGAUAUUCUCUUGUGGCGUAUGUCUCGGCAGCGUAAUGGCUACGAUAGCGUUACAACAUCUUCGAUUUUAGCCGCAGGAUCGCAGUGUGAAAUACAAAUACUGAAUUAUAAA